CGAGCGAGAUUUGCUGCAUCUGGUGCGCUACGCUUCCCGGGGAUGCAGCCAUAAAUUUAACAUUGGUUUCUUUAACGCACCGAAUUUAAUCACGACGCCGGGGACGACAAAACGAUUGUUGAGGACCUGAUUUGCCAUGGCUGAACAGCAGAGGCAGCGCAGUCUCUCCACUUCUGGAGAAUCACUCUAUCACGUGCUGGGUGUCGACAAACUGGCCACUGUCGAUGACAUCAAGAAGUCAUACAGGAAAUUGGCAUUGAAAUAUCACCCUGACAAGAAUCCUGACAACCCUGAGGCAGUUGAUAAGUUUAAAGAGAUAAACAAUGCCCAUGCCAUCCUUAAUGACCCGACGAAGAGAAACAUCUAUGAUAAGUAUGGCUCUCUGGGACUUUAUGUGGCUGAACAGUUUGGUGAAGAGAACGUCAACACUUACUUUGUCCUAUCCAGCUGGUGGGCCAAGGCUCUGUUUAUUUUCUGUGGCCUGGCGACAGGCUGCUACUUCUGCUGUUGCCUGUGCUGUUGUUGUAACUGCUGCUGUGGGAGAUGUAAACCACGGCCACCUGAGGGACAGGAACAGGAAUUAUAUGUUUCCCCUGAAGACUUAGAGGCCCAACUGCAGUCCGAUGAGAGAGAGGCAGGUGGAGGUGAGCCCAUCGUGCUGCAGCCCUCCUCUGCCACAGAAACCACCCAGCUAACGUCUGACGGUUACCAUACUACUUACCACACUGACACCGGCUUAAAUUAAAUGCCCCGCCUUCCUCAUCUUCACACUGUGGAUUGUCUCUCACCACUCUGCGCCAUCUCUCAGAGGGAAAAAAAUGAAUGGAAAGAAUCCUUCAACUACAUCCCAAAAAAAAAGCCUGUUUUUGAGAGGAGGAAAGCCAGAGAGGAGCUGAAUUCUGUAACGUAUCCUGUCCCUGAUUCACGCACCACUUCCAUCACCCACACAAGAGUGGCUCUCAUCCGCCUCACCGUACCGUACCGUAGCGUAAAAACCAAGCUUAAUAAAGAUCCUGUCAUUUACCCUGA